AUGGGAAAAGAAUCAAGUAAAUCAAAGGCUGGUCGUCCUCAACGUCAUGACCCUUUACAUGUCCAAUUAGCAGACAUUCCUGAAAAUAAUUUACUGAAAAAGGCACCUCGUCAAAAAUUCAUCGAUCGUAAUAAUAGAGCAGAAAAUGAAGGAGAGGAAUAUCUUGAUGCUAAAUUAUCUAAAAAAAUUUUAAAAAUUGCCAGAGAACAACAAGAGCAGAUUGAAAAGGCAGAACAAGAUGAAGAAGAAAGAGAUGCGAUCAAGAAAAAAUUUCCUUUAGGUUUUGAUCCCGACGAAGAAGAGAUUGAAGAAAUCGAUCAAUAUGCUGAUUAUGAAGCGUUAGAAAUUGAUGCUGCGGAUGCUGAUCUUUUAGACAAAUUUUUACCUAGUGCACCUAGAGAAAAGAAAACGUUAGCAGAUUUAAUUAUGGAAAAAAUCAACGAAAAAAAUGCAGCAGAAGGACGUGAGGCGAUUGAACGAGAAGAUGAAUUAUCUCCUUCAAUGAAUCCAAAAGUAGUUGAAGUAUAUACAAAGGUGGGGCAAUUAUUAAGUCGUUAUAAAUCAGGUAAAUUACCCAAGGCAUUCAAGAUUAUUCCAUCCUUAGGCAACUGGGAAGAAAUCUUAUACUUGACAUCACCUGAAACAUGGACUCCUCAUGCUACUUAUGAAGCUACACGUAUGUUUGUUUCCAACUUGAAAGCAAAACAAGUUCAACGCUUUUUAUCAUUUGUCUUGCUGGAUCGUGUUCGUGAAGAUAUUGCAGAAAAUAAGAAACUAAGUUAUCACCUUUAUUUAGCCCUCAAAAAGGCACUUUAUAAACCUGCUGCUUUCUUUAAGGGUAUCUUGUUCCCACUCUGUGAGUCUGGUAAUUGUACUUUAAAGGAAGCUGCCAUCGUAGGUAGUGUCCUGGCCAAGGUCUCUAUCCCUGUCUUGCAUUCAUCUGCUGCUCUUUUGAGAUUAGCAGAGAUGGAUUAUACAGGUCCCAACUCUCUCUUUAUUCGUAUCUUGUUGGAUAAAAAAUAUGCUUUACCCUUUAAAGUGGUUGAUGCCUUGGUGAUGCAUUUUGCACGUUUCAUGAACGACCCUCGUGAUAUGCCUGUUCUCUGGCAUCAAUCCAUGCUUGUCUUUGCUCAACGUUAUAAACAGGAUUUGGUAGGUGAGCAAAAGGAUAUCCUUUUAGAAGUCAUGAAGAAGAAAUAUCAUGCAGGUAUUUCACCUGAAGUUCGUCGUGAAAUUGUUCAUUCAACUGCAAGAGAUGACAUGUUGACUGAAAAGGAUGACGAUGAUAUUAUGAUGAUGGACUAA